AUGGCGACAGCCGAGGUACCGAAGAUUGGUAAAAAACUCUAUGAGGGUAAAACAAAAGAAGUCUAUGAAUUGUUGGAUAGUCCAGGAAAAGUCCUCCUGCAGUCCAAGGACCAGAUUACAGCAGGAGAUGCAGCCAGAAAGAAUCACCUUGAAGGAAAAGCUGCAAUCUCAAAUAAAAUUACCAGUUGUAUUUUUCAGGUGUUACAGGAAGUAGGUAUCAAGACUACUGCUUUCACCAGAAAAUGUAGAGAGACAGCUUUCAUUGCACCUAAGUGUGAAAUGAUUCCAAUUGAAUGGGUUUGUAGGAGAAUAGCAACUGGUUCUUUUCUCAAAAGAAAUCCUGGUGUCAAGGAAGGAUAUAAGUUCUACCCACCUAAAGUAGAGAUGUUUUCUAAGGAUGAUGCUAAUAAUGAUCCACAGUGGUCUGAGGAACAGCUAAUUGCUGCAAAUUUUUGCUUUGCUGGACUUGUUAUAGGCCAAACUGAAGUGGAUAUCAUGAGUCAUGCUACACAGGCUAUUCUUGAAAUACUGGAGAAAUCCUGGUUGCCCCAGAACUGUACGCUGGUUGAUAUGAAGAUUGAAUUUGGUGUUGAUGUAACCACCAAAGAAAUUGUUCUUGCUGAUGUUAUUGUUAAUGAUUCCUGGAGACUCUGGCCAUCAGGAGAUGGAAGCCAACAAAAAGACAAACAGUCGUAUUGUGACCUCAAGGAAGUAACUCCUGAAGGACUGCAGAUGGUAAAGAAAAAUUUUGAGUGGGUUGCAGAAAGAGUAGAGUUGCUUUUGAAACCAGAAAGUCAGUGCAUGGUUGUAGUACUGAUGGGCUCAACCUCUGAUCUUAGUCACUGUGAAAAAAUUAAGAAGGCUUGUGGAAAUUUUGGCAUUCCCUGUGAACUUAGGGUAACAUCUGCCCAUAAAGGACCAGAUGAAACUCUGAGGAUUAAAGCUGAGUAUGAAGGGGAUGGCAUUCCUACUGUAUUUGUGGCAGUGGCAGGCAGAAGCAAUGGUUUAGGACCAGUGAUGUCUGGUAACACAGCAUAUCCAGUUAUCAGCUGUCCUCCCCCCACUCCAGACUGGGGAGCUCAGGAUAUGUGGUCUUCUCUUCAAUUACCCAGUGGUCUUGGCUGUUCAACCAUACUUUCUCCAGAAGGAUCAGCUCAGUUUGUGGCUCAGAUAUUUGGAUUAAACAACCAUAUGAUUUGGGCCAAACUGCGAGCAAGUAUAUUGAACACCUGGAUUUCCUUGAACCACGUUGACAAGAAAAUCAGAGAGGGCAAUUUAUAAGAAAGAACAUCAUUGCAAUUUUUAGGAGAAAAACUACAAAUUUCUAGUUUAGCUGCAGAAAAAAUAAAUCAAACAAGAUGAAAAGAUUUUAAAUCAAUCAGAGAAAACAAAAUUUGUAAGUGAAUAAAUGCCUCUCUAGAUUCAUGAAUUAGUAGAAUAAAUGUACAUAUUUA